GAUGAUUAUACAUGUUUCGUAUCAACCAACCACAUAACGUAGGCGCCAUUAUUAUGCAAAUUUGCGACAGAGAAAGAAAGGAGUACGGUACAUGAUAUGCUUGAGAUUUGAAUGGUGUUUGUUUUACUGUUAUUGGAAUCCAUGUGCCGUUGCUGAAAUGAAAGUAGGCCUACAUGGACGAAUUCCGCCCAACCCAGCCGGGAACUGAACAAUGGAGUGUACAAGGUCACCGAAGGGAUUUUGUGGAGCGAUGCAACCAUUGAACUUAUAAAAACGGAAGCCGGUGGCACAUCGUAUUGAAACUCCAGUACGGUAUACUGACUAACACUGACGCACGAUGUGAGGUAUUACAACGUGGGUGAGACUGACGAUGAGGUUUUUCUUUUUGUGCCUUGGCGCAGGACGUGUGGCUUGCGAAAAAAGUCGAAAAUUUGCCAGGAUUCGACGAGUUGUGACCAUUCCGUGCUUUCCCAUAUAGGCGGGAACAAAAGGGGGACUUGGCAGGGUCGUUUGCAACAACAUUCGAGAUGGCCUACAAGCAAGGCGUCGCCCUGGGGGCCAGCGUGAGCCUUUUCCUAGGCUCAGUGGCCCUACUUGGCAUGUACUUGGCCUGCAGCUCCGUCUCCUGCCAAGCCGUGGGGUACUCGUUCGCAUCGCCAAUCUGGACCAGCGUCCUGAUUUUGGCGACUGCUCUCGUGGGUAUAUUCAUGUCAGCGACGAAGUCGGAGAAAGGAUGCGGUGGCCUCUUCCUCUUUCUCAGCAUUUUUGGCAUGCUAGCCACCAUGGCCUGCGUGUGCACCACCAUCAACGCCUACGUAUGGGAGAUGUGGCUUUCCUUGUGGUCCUCCGGGACCUACUGGACUUAUAACACCACCGAGGCCAGUACGACCACACUGGAAGGGUCGACCCCGGUCGGCAACGGGGUUGGCAUCGUUCUGUGGCUGGCCAUGAUGAUUGGAGCGUUCGUAUUGUGCAUCGUGACGUGCGUGACGUCUUACCAGUACUGCUGCUGCUGUCAAGAGCCGUGGGUUGUGCAAGAGAGAAUCAUUUUGGUGAACCAAGGAAACGCAGCCUGCCCUCAGAACAUCGUCUUGGAAAACACAAACACGAUCGUGAACCAGCAGGCACCCCAGCCCGUGGUUUUCACCACCCUUCCCCCGGGAGGCGGCCAAUUUGUACAUCAGCAGCAGUUCCCCGUUCAGCAGCCCUACCACCAGCCCGUGCAGUUAAACCAGCCGCCUUCCUACCCACAGCCGGUACCCCCGCCCUACGCCGCCGUCGGCACGGCUCCCGUCUCCCAGCCCAGCCCGGUGAUGGCGCCUCCUCCUGUGGCGCAGCCGAGCGCACCGCCGGCUCCUCAGGCGACCCCGACUGGGGCUUUUCCGCCACAGUCAGGACCGGCGCAACCGCAGCCUGCCCCCACUAACCUGACCCUGUCUCACCCGCUCCCUCCAAGUGCGGCGGAGCCCGGCCGCCCCGGACCCAGCAACAACAUCACCGUGAUAAGCGACGGCGGCCCGCCUCCAAGCACUUACCAACCGUUGAUCCACGAAACUCAGACGAGGGCGCCGGACAUACAGCACACCUACGACCAAACGGCCCACACCGGCGACGACAACAUGGACUACACCUACAUCGACGCCCAGUCCCCGGGCACAAAUAUGACAGCCCACCGCAGCAACUACGACCGAGCGCCCGCCCCGUCACCAACUGCUGGCAGCGGAAAUGACCCCCAGGGGGACAGCGACAUAAAUAGCAGGCUGUACGCCUACGUGGACGACCCGUCAGAGGAUUACGACGAAAUUAAGGUCGAUUCAAAUGUUUACGCCACAGCACCCGUCGAAUCCUCAGACUACGUGAACGAGGACGUCGGGAAACGUCCCAAAACUCGAAAUCCAAAGAAGUCCAAGUAAAUUAUUGAUGGCACCCGCUGACAAAUCUGAAUCGCACUGGCCAGCCGGCCCCGGCAAGAUCGGUGGUAGUGUGUAUAAGACAGCUACACUCGUAAGCAGGAGGUCGUGGGUUUGAGUCCCACCCUAGCAGGCUUGUGAGUUUAUUUCACAAGCUCUAAGACAAACACCGAGUUUCAGUGAACAGAGACACUGUCGUGCGUACACAAUACAAGGACUUUUUUUGGGGGGGUUCGAACCUCUCUGUCCCCCUUUUUAUGUUUAUCAUUUUUUGGUUAGUAUAAGCUGAAACUUUGUUCUAGAUUGCAGUUCUCGGGAUCUGCAGAUUAGUGUUAAUUCAUGCUGCGCCUGCAAACUUGACCAAACUGUGGAAGUUGUAAAAAUAUAACUAAUUUUUUUUUAUGAGAUUUAAACUGGUUACGGUGUUUAAUUAAACAAAUAAUAUUUCACUGUUAUCAUUAAUAGACAGCAUUCUUUCCUUCGGAACUGCUUGCCAGAUGAAUACCCAGUGUCUUUUCCUGCUGAUCUCAGUGUGACGUGUAAACUGAUAUAACCUAUCGCAAGAAAACGCAGUUGAUAUCCAUGAACAAGUAUGGAGAUCUUUGCUCUACCUGAAACCCCCAUUUUCACAAUUUUAUCUUUUGAACGAUGGGCACUGAAGAGAGUCCAUAAUUAUAGCUUUACACAAAAAUCAUUAAAGAUUAAAAAAAUGACAAUCAUCAUUGAUUAAAAUUCAACAAACAUUAAAGAACGCGGUAAUCUUAAAACGACUCGUGCAUCAAACAACAAAAGGGCCAAAGCCCUUUCGACACCUUGUCUUAUACCUUCACUUUUGACAAAAUAUGGACAGGGAAAAGGGUGUUUCUUUCCAGCGAUUGGUAGCAAUUAGUCGAUACAUGUAAUUAUUUUGAUCGAUUUUAUUUCAUAUAUCAAUCCAGGGUAAGCCGCGACAGUAAAUGCCGCUUUAAUGAAUUAAAUUAACAUAUUUAUAACUCUACAUGUAUUUACAGUAUACAUACUUGAUUUUAGAGAAAGAUAUAACCCAAAAUCAUAAAACUAAACACAUCGGUGAAACUAAA